AUGACAGCUGAGUAUUUGGUGGAGGAAGUGACCAACAACCAUACCAACGUGACUAAGCCGAUGGUGGUGAAGGACCUGGCCAAGAUCGGGGAGGGGGCGUUUGGCACCGUGACCAAGGCGCAAUUGCGCAACGCAACGACCUCCGACGACCAGUGGCUGGGUCCCUUUGCCAUCAAGAAAGUGCCGGCCCAAACAGAGUACAAAUCCAGAGAACUGGAGAUCCUGAGACAAACGUCGCACCCGAACGUGGUGUCGCUCAAGUACUUCUUCAACUACCCGAACGCAGAGGACCGCGGCAAGCUGUACCAGCAUCUGGUGAUGGAAUCGCUGCCGUGCACCCUCCAGACAGAAAUCAAAAGAUACCAUACCGCGAACCUGAUUCUACACGAGUCCCAUAUACAGGUCUACUCGUUCCAGAUUGCCAGAGGAAUGAAUUAUUUGCAUAGUUUUGGAAUUUGCCAUAGAGAUAUCAAGCCUUCCAACAUUCUGAUCGACCCAGAUACUUUAGUGCUCAAGAUCUGCGACUUUGGCUCGGCCAAGAAACUGGAGUACAACCAGCCGUCUGUGUCCUACAUCUGUUCCCGAUACUAUCGUGCGCCAGAGCUAAUUGUGGGAUGUGCUCUCUACACGACUCAAAUCGAUAUAUGGGGGCUUGGCUGUGUGGUUGCCGAGAUGUUUAUCGGUAAGCCGGUGUUCCAAGGCCAGGACCCGAUGUUGCAACUGAGAGAGAUUUCGAAGCUGCUGGGUCCGCCAGACAAGGAGUUCAUCUUCGAGUCGAACCCGAGCUACAACGGACCGAUGUACUCUCACCGACUGUACACGUCCAAGCUGUCGACGCGGUUCCAAAAGACCUUUUCGCACGCCAGCGCGGUCGCGAUCGAUCUUUUGGAGAAGGUGCUUGUGUACCGUCCGCAGGACCGUUUGCGGCCGCCUGCGAUCUUGGCCCACGAGUUCUUCAAGCCAUUGCGGUCGCCAAACUUCCAUGCGAUCAGCCGCACCACAAACUCCCCUGUCAACGUGCACAACAUGCUGUACAACUUCAGCGACUACGAGCUACGCGUGCUUGGUGACACGGUCAAGGAGAUUCUUGUUGAUGAGUCUUGA